CUCCAGCUGAGGAAGCAUUUGGAGUUCCCUGUGCCAUUGGACAUAUGGGAAAAUUACAAUGGUGAUUUGUGUAACUUGGCUUCAACCCCUCAUAUGAGCAUCACAUGCCAAAACAAUUCUGUCUCCGAGCUCAAAAUUAUGGGAGAUAAGCUUGGCAAGGUUAGUGAAUUUUAUGGAUCUGCAGUUCCCAACCAAACCUUAUCCAAGAGUUUCUCCAUUGAUUCAUUUGUCACUACCUUGACAAGGCUAACUAGCUUAAGGGUCCUUGGCUUGGUGUCUUUGGGGAUUUGGGGUCCCCUUCCUGAUAAAAUUCAUCGGCUAUAUUCGCUUGAAGUUUUGGAUAUGAGUUCAAAUUUUAUGUUCGGUUCUAUUCCUCCUCAGAUAUCUAGACUAGUGAAACUUCAUACUUUGAUAUUUGAUGGGAAUUUCUUCAAUGACACUGUCCCUGAUUGGUUGGAUUCACUGACAAACCUCACUGUUUUGAGCUUGAAGAACAACCGGUUGAAGGGUCAGUUUCCUUCCUCAAUAUGCAGAAUUAUGACACUCACUGGCAUUGCUUUGUCUCACAAUGAGCUUUCUGGUAACUUACCUGAUAUGAGUACCUUAUCUGGUUUACAUUUGCUGGAUUUAAGGGAGAACCAUUUGGAUUCUGAAUUACCUUCCUUGCCCAAAGGAUUGACUACUGGUCUUUUGAGCAAGAACUCGUUCUCAGGUAAGAUUCCAGAACAAUUUGGGGAAUUAUAUCAGCUUCAGCACCUUGAUCUAUCAAACAAUUUUCUCACUGGAACACCACCGGACGUGUUAUUCUCUUUGCCAAACAUCAGCUACUUAAAUUUGGCAUCCAAUAAGCUAAGUGGGUUACUUCCUAACCAUUUAAGUUGUGGGGAUGAACUUGGGUUUGUUGAUAUUUCUUCUAACAGGUUGGUAGGUAGACUUCCUUCUUGCUUGGAUACUACUUCAAAUAAUAGAAUUGUUAAGUUUGGUGGAAAUUGCUUGUCCAUUGACACCCAACAUCAGCAUCCAGAGUCAUACUGCAAAGAAGCCAAUAUGGAGAAGGGACGAUCAAGGGGAGAAGCAAUAGGGGUAUUAGUUGGUGUUAUUGGGGGUUCUGUAAUUAUUAUGGUACUCUUGGCACUUGGGCUUAUUAUUUUGUGCAGGAGAUAUCGCUCACGAGGGUGCAUGGAGCAGCAUACAUCACCAAAGAUUGUGCAAGAUAAUUCCACUUCGGGGAUUUCCUCUGAAUUCCUUGCAAAUGCCAGGAUCAUAUCUCAAGCAGCAAAAUUAGGGUCACAAGGUUCCAUAGCAGGUCGAGUGUUUCCCUUGGAAGAAUUAGAAGAAGCCACGAACAAUUUUAAUCAGUCAUCAUUUUUGGGUGAAGGCUCAAUUGGGAAGCUUUACAAGGGGAGAUUAGAGAAUGGGACUUAUGUUGCAGUUAGAUCUCUUACGUUGCUCAGAAAAUAUUCAAUUCGAAACCUUAAAAUGCGGUUGGAUCUGCUUUCAAAGCUUCGCCACCCACAUCUGGUUAGUCUUUUGGGACAUUGCAUUGAUGGUAGUGGGCAAGACGAAUCUACUGCCAGUAGGGUCUUCCUCGUGUAUGAAUAUGUGCCAAAUGGGAACUUCCGAGCUCAUCUCUCAGAAAGCUGUCCAGAGAAUGUUCUUAAGUGGUCAGAUAGACUGGCUGUUCUGAUCGGUGUUGCCAAGGCUGUACACUUUCUACAUACAGGGGUUAUUCCUGUUUGUUUCAGCAACCGACUGAAGACAAAUAAUAUAUUGCUUGACGAGCAUCGGAUUGCAAAGCUGAGUGACUAUGGGAUGUCCAUCAUUACAGAAGAAAUCGAAAAACCUGAGGCAAAGGGAGACAGCUCCAAAUCAUGGCAUAUUACAAAGUCAGAGGAUGAUGUUUAUAACUUUGGAUUCAUAUUGCUUGAAUCACUUGUGGGCCCUAUAGUGAGUGGCAAAGGAGAAGCAUUUUUGCUAAAUGAAAUGGCAUCCUUCGGGAGCCAGGAUGGUCGACGCCGAAUUGUGGAUCCAAUAGUGUUAACCACAUGCUCGCAAGAGUCCUUGUCAAUUGUAAUAUCCAUUACCAAGAAAUGCACAUCUCCUGAAUCAUCAAGUCGUCCUUCAUUUGAGGAUGUUCUUUGGAAUUUGCAAUAUGCAGCUCAAGUCCAGGCCACAGCGGACGCUGAUCAAAAAUCAGAUGCUACAUCACAGAAUUCACAGCCGUAAAUUGAUCACUUGGUAUGACAGAACCACACCCUAGCAGCAACAUUGUAGUACACUCCCCCUGCUGCCAUCUUGAUGAAGCAGCCAAUGGAGCUACCUACCUUUAUGGGGUCUCUGUAAAAGCACAUAAGAUUGCAUAUGUUUUGGCUUCUUGUCCUGAUUUUGUAUUCUUUGUAUGAAACUGUAAAUACUAUUUUUGACUUGGUUGUUUGAUGUUAAAGAAUAGUUGAUACUCUCUCUUCAGAU